AUGGCUCUGCGGGACGAACUUUUAAAGUCCAUUUGGCACGCGUUCACGGCGCUGGACGUGGACAAAAGUGGGAAAGUAUCCAAGUCCCAGCUGAAGGUGCUGUCUCACAAUUUAUGCACGGUGCUGAGGAUUCCACAUGACCCGGUGGCAUUGGAAGAACACUUCAAAGAUGACGAUGAGGGCCCCGUCUCCAACCAGGGAUACAUGCCAUACCUCAACAAAUUCAUCCUGGAUAAGGCGACGGGCAACUUUGACCGCCAGGAUUUCAACAAAAUGUGCUGGACAUUGUGCUCGAGGAAGAACCUGGACCAGAAUCAGCUCUUCAUCUCCCACGAUGAUGCCUUCAAGAUCUGGUGCAUCUUCAACUUCCUGUCUGAGGACAGAUACCCGCUGAUGAUGGUCACAGAGGAGAUCGAGUACUUCCUGCGCAAGCUAACAGAGGCGAUGGGAGGGAGCUGGGUGGAGGAGCGUUUCGAGGACUACAAGAUGCAGCUGAACUCCACGCGGCAGUCUGUGAACGCCUGGGGGCUCAUCACCCUGGUGGGCUCGGGCCACUUCAGUAAAGGCAUGGACCGCCAGACUCUGUCCAUGGGCAUCAAUGAGGUGUACCAGGAGCUCAUCCUGGAUGUGCUCAAACAGGGUUAUAUGAUGAAGAAGGGCCACAAAAGGAAAAACUGGACAGAGCGGUGGUUCAUGCUGAAGCCGAAUGCCAUCUCCUACUAUGUGGGCGAGGAUCUGGCCGAAAAGAAAGGAGACAUCCUGUUAGAUGGAAGCUGCACUCCUUUACCAGAUAAAGACGGAAAAAAGUGCCUCUUCAUCAUCAAGUCGUCACUAAAGAGCUUUGAAAUCAGUGCUUCAGACAAGAAGAAGAAGCAGGAGUGGAUCCAGGCUAUUCAGACUUGUGUGAGUCUGCUGCGUCAGGGCCGGCCGGCGCCACACUGCGAAGCCCGGCAGAAACGCCGAGACCUCAGGCUCAAGCAGCAGGCUGAGCAGGAGGAGCUGGAGCUCAGGAUGAGAGAGCUGCAGACAGCCAACGAGGUCAAACAGCAGGAGCUGGAGAACGUCAGGAAGGCCUUGGAGGACGCGGCAGCCAAAGCAGCAGAAGAAGAAAAAAGGCGUCUUCAGACUCAGACUGAGCUCCAGGACCGCUACAAAACGGACCUGGAGAGGGAAAAGAUGGUACGGCAGCAGAUGGAAGAGCAGGUGGCGCAGAAGUCCACGGAGCUGGAGCAGUAUCUGCAGAGGGUCAGAGAGCUGGAGGACAUCCUGCUGGAAGAAGAAGCCUGUAAGCGAGCGGAGCUGGAGCAGAUCCACCUGAAGCAGCAGCGGGCCAUCUCAGAAACGGAGGCGGAGAAGCAGGAGCUGGAGAAGCAGCGCCGGGCCAAAGAGAGCGCCCUGCAGGCAGCGAUGAGGCAGCUGGAGGACCUGGAGCAGGAGAGGCAGGGCGCCCUGCAGCAGUACCAGACGGUGAUGAAUCGGCUGGAAGCUGCCACCAACAACACCAAGACCUGGAAGCACAAGGUGGCUGAGCACGAGGGGAUGCUGAGGCUCAUCCAGCCAGGUUCCAAAGGGCAGCAGAAGAUCACAAACUGGGGCCCGGCGGCGUUUUCUGAUGUUGAGCUGGACCUGAGGGAGAAGAAAUGGCAGGAGAUGAAGAACCAAGCGGCACAGGCCCAGUAG